AUGGCAAAGUUGGCAAAAGCCUCCGAGCGACUGGUCAGCUGUUCUGCGGCUGACAUUCUGAAACAGGACUUUGAAGCAUUGUUUGCUACAGCUUUGACUGGCAACGACAUCCACAGCUUGUCACAGAUGAAGACUUGGAUGGCUUCAACAUUUGCAGAUCGCGCUCAUAGGGCCCAGGCAGAGGCUAUUGUCGAUCAACAGAUCGCAGAGUUCAUCUCGCGCUUAGAGGUGCAGCUUCAGGACCCGAAUGACCCGACGGCUCCGGUCAGCAGCUUAUCCGAGACGAUUCCGGCAGGGACGAAGCUGACACGCAGAAUUUGCAUGGGUUCCUGUUCCCAACAGCUGCCUUGGGUUUGUAUCCUUCGAAGCAUGGGGAGAAUGGCACAUGAACUACCAAACCAGGAAGGCAACGCCGGACGACGCAGCGGAAUGCAUGAAGAGGUCAAGUCUAACCAAUCCAUGCUUUAUCAGAGGACAUGA